AGUAUUAUGCGAACUGUGAACUGUUCGUCACUUCUCUGUUUUGUUGGCCAUGUGAAUUUGCGUGAAAAGUUGAUUUGGACGCAUAAAUGGCUCUGAAGAGAGCUGUAAUCCUGCCCGGGAAUGGCGCUGGGAACGUGGAGCACUGUAACUGGUACGGCUGGGUAAAGAAACGAAUAAACGAGAUUUCAGAUAUGUCCUGUGUUUUGAAGAACAUGCCGGAUCCUGUCACCGCGAGAGAGAGCAUCUGGCUUCCGUUCAUGGAGAAGGAGCUGAAAUGUGAUGAUGAGACUGUUAUUAUUGGACACAGUUCAGGAGCUGCUGCAGCCAUGAGGUAUGCAGAAACACACAAAGUAUUUGCUCUUAUUCUGGUGGGUGCGUACACAUCAGAUUUAGGAGAUGAGAAUGAGCGUGAGAGUGGAUAUUUCAACCGGCCAUGGGAGUGGGAAAAAAUCAGAUCAAAUGUAAAAUACAUCCUUCAGUUUGGAUCCACAGAUGACCCCUUCCUGCCAUGGGAAGAGCAACAGGAAGUGGCUAAUGGACUAAAGACCGAUUUACAUAAAUAUGUUGAUCGUGGACAUUUCCAAAACACAACCUUCCCAGAGCUUAUUGGUGCUGUAAAAACGCUCAAAACUAACGGCUAAAGCGCUGGAACAAGACUACACUGCCUCUUUAUCCUGAAUGUUAUGCACAUGCUUUGCAAAAUUACUUCAUUCUUUAGGGGCCAAGUGAUUUUGUAUCUUUAAGCAUCUGAAGACAUGGCAUUAAUGGAGAAUAGUCAUCUUUUAUCAUCCUCAAGGUAGUAGUAUGUAGAACAACAAACAUGUAACCUGGACCAACCAUCAAUACUAAAUCAAAGAUAUACAAGUAGAUGGUAGCCUACUUAGCUACUGUUUAAGACUACCAUUUACCAUAUCUGUGCUAACAUACAUCUGUCUCAGUUUGUUUUUCAAAUUGCAGCAAUAAAUCCACGUGAAGCACAUUUAGACAAAAGUUACAGUACUUAAAUUUUAAUCAGUUAUCUACUUGACGUAAAAACUCAACCAGGUCAAAGCCUCCCCUCAUUUAAAUAGAGAACACCAUUUAAGCAGCCGCUUAUGAGCACUAUUUAUUCAUAUCACAUAGUUAAGCAAAAAAUGUAUAAACUCAAGUUUACAUAAAUAAAGUUUACACUGCAGUCUCACAGACAAGCAAUAUAUUAAUAAUUCAUAUACAAUCCACGUCCAUGAGGCAUGUCUGGUUGUCUCGGAUUUUGUAAUGGGGGUAUAAAUUAGAAAUGGGGGGGGUUUGGCAGUUUUACAUUAUGAUACGAAUGUAUAACAUGUUUUUUCUGUGAUUCCCCAUGACGUCAAUCUUAAAAAGCGGAUAGCACCAAUAGUUCAAGAUCAAUAUAAACAUUUAUGGGCAGUUUUCCCAGACAUGGUUUAGGCCUUGUCCACACAGACACUGGUAAUUUUAUAACCGUGACUUUUUUUAAGCAGUUCGACCUUUCGUCCACACGAAAAUGCAAAUAACGUGAAAAUAUAACCUUAAUAUCUUUAAUAUAUUGAGUAAGAUCACGUCAAAGAUUAAAAUCAUAAAAUUGAUCGUUGAAACCAAAUUUUGAUAAUCUUUAUUUUAAUUUGAUAUUGGUUUCAUAAACAGGGUCACAUAUGUGAGUGCAAGCUGUUUUUUAAAGCAACACUAUGUAGUUUUUUUACCUUUAAAUAAUGUCUCUAAAAUUAUUUCAGUGAUAGAACAACUUUUAACUGGACAAAUUGUACUGUUGCUGCAACCUGAGCAACCUCCUAGCUGCUACAAGCACACUCUGAAAGUAGAGGUGCAGGGUAGGAAACACAGCCCCGCCCCUCCCCUGCCUGCAGAAGAGUGUCUGAUACCAGGCACUGUUGCGCUUUUCAACCACAUGGGGGAGCUGUAAGUCAUUUUUACAUGGAAACUACAUAGUGUUGCUUUAAGUAAAGACAUCUUAAAAAUGCUAUUUAGUCUGGGACUAAGCUUAAAUCCUGUGUAGGAAAAUGCCCUGUACUAUUAUUGAAAUUUUAAUUGUGAGUGACACCUUUUUUUUCAGUGGAUUAUAACAAAAUUCUUUUAAAAGCAAUUAUUUUUUAAUCCAGUAAUAAUGGCUCUAUUUUAAAGUAAAUGUAACAUUUCAUUAAAACACUAUUUACUGAUCUGAUAUUAUUUCAUUAACCCAAAAAGUACCACAGGUGUGUCAGAAACGUAGUCCAUUUAACAUGUUUGAUGUAUGUCAGACCUCCUUCGUCAUAGACACUAAAAUAUAACAUCAGAAGUCUUCAAAUAUGCUGCAUAAAUUGUACAUACAUUAUAAUGACUGCCACAAGAGUCCUGUAUUGCUUACUGUAAAACCUGAGUUAAGUUAAAGUGCGCAUAGUGAAACAAUAUAAACCAUUUAAAGGAAAACACCA